UACUCUGUGCAGCCCAGCAUUCAGCCCAGACUGAGACUCGGCAGGUGAAAGGCAUUGUGGGAAUGUUGAUCUAUUUUCCAGAGACGGUGUUGGAUUCUGGCAGUUUACUUUAUGGAGACCUUGGCAAUAUUGCACAGGUGUACCCUGGUAAACAAAGUAAUAUAAACCUUGUGAAGAGAUUUAAAAACCGCCUUAACUGGAACAAUGUUACUGGAUUCUUCACUUUGUCAGACCUACAAAUAGAAGAUUCUGGGGUUUAUACUGUGGAGAAUGCAGAUGAAGUUGAAGAGAAGACGACACAUACAUUUCAGCUGACUGUGUACUGUAAGUGUGUGUGUGUGUGUGUGUGUGUGUGUGUGUGUGUGUGUGUGUGUUUGUGUGUGUGUUUGUGUGUGUGUGUGUGUGUGUGUGUGUGUUUGUGUGUGUGCGUGUGUGUGUGUGUUUGUGUGUGUGUGUGUGUGUGUGUGUGUGUGUGUGUGUGUGUUUGUGCUGUAAUUUACAAAGUCAUUAAAGCGACAAUCAGCAGUAGAAACAAUAACAAAGUGUACUCCCCGCCCCUAGUUCUGUAAAAAAAAGCUGAGGGAUAGGGCUGGAGAAAUGUAACCACUCUUAAAUUCAUAGACAUAGCUAUGGAUGCAAGGACUGAUCAACCAUUAUAUACAAAUUAUAGUUGUAACCAUGUUUUGAGACUAUAUAGUGUUUGUUUACAAUUUAUUUGUUUACUAACACUGGAGUAAAACAAGCUGAUGGGUUCUCCUAAGCUCAUGAGGCAUUUAUAAGUUAUAUUCUUCAAGAAUCAAUGGGUCCAUAUCAUUAAUGUAUAAGUCCAAAAAUGGAUGAAGCAACUGCUCUUUGCCACUUUAAAGAUAAGUUCCAUUUCACAAAUUCUCAUUUUUUCAUUAUGUGUCUUCCAGAUGUUCUGUCCAAACCUCAGGUGACAGUCCAUGACAACAGCUCUUGUACCGUGGUGUGUUCUGUGGAGAACGGAAGAGAGGUGACUCUGUCCUGGUACAGAGGAGGAGAGAUACUCAACCAGAGCAGCAGCCCUGACCUCAACAUCACCCUCUCUCUACCUCUCAAGGUGGAUGAACAGAACAGAGACUCUUACAGAUGUGAGGCUGCCAACCCAGUCAGCAAGGAGAGCGCUGUUGUUACACAUUUCUGUAUAGAGAGUGAUCCCUCCAAGGUGACAGGUAAAAACAUUUACAGUAGCAAUGUUAAAUUGCUUAUAUCCAGACAAUACCAAAUUGAAUAUGAAACAAUAAGUAUGGUAGAGCUCAUUUUAUGAAACACAAUGUUUUAAUAAAAAUAUUGUUUUCUCUCUUUUUACUUUAGAUGGUGAUGAGAGGACUCGAGGUUGUCUUACUAUUGCUGUAAUCUGCGUUUUGGUUGCCUCAGGACUUGUUGGACUUGCAAUCUAUCUAAAGAAGAGGAGAAACGGACAAUCACAAGCAGGUAUUCAUCUUUUAGUGGGGUUUGGUCAUUCUCCUUGUCAAAGUAAAAACAUGUUGUGCACAACCUUUUAAAAUUAUCAAGGAUAGUGUUUUGGAAAAGGAAGGAAAUGUUUGCCUGAACAACGGAUGCAGGUCAAAUGAAGAGGCAUAUCUUCCACACUUCCUCUGCUUGGUCAGACAGUUACAUUAUCUCUCACCACUUCUCUAAAUGUUGAAAAAGCAGAAGGCACAUACACACACAAGCACACUCUGACAAUCAUUACUUUAUAGCUUCUCUGGCACCAAAAAGACCCCUAGCACAGACUCCGGUACCCAUUGUAACAUGAGUCCUUAGUGUUUGCAGAACCUGUCUUGGGUUGAGCAUUUGUGCAUAUCUGUCAGUUACUCCCACCCACACUGUAUAUUUCAUUUCCUUUAUUUGCCUUUAUAGAUUCACCCGAAAGAAAGCAAGAUGACAUUCAGUACGCAGAGAUAACUCACAUUAAACCAGCAGAUAACCAGGUUAGUAAUAAUGCUACAGGCUGAUAAACAUAGGAGACGUAAUACAGCAGUUUUGUUACAACUAUAGCCUUUAGCGCUGUGCCAGUGAGUUAAUGUGGUCUUGAGUUGCACAGACAACCUGAGUUUAAUAACCGUCCUGAUGUCAUUGCAACCAGUUUUGCCCAUAUGAAAUGGUCGUUUUGCACAAUGAGAAGCCACACUGCACAUUUUUUUUUUACAUAUUGUAUACACAGUACCAGUCAAACGUUUGGACACACCUACCCAUUCAAAUGGGUUUGUUUACAUCCCUGUUAGUGAGCAUUUCUUCUUUGCAAGAUAAUCCAUCCACCUGACAAGUGUGGCAUAUUAGGAGUAUUUCUGUCUUUAAUUAAGCCCAUUUGUGGGGAAAAACUCAUUCUGAUUGUCUGGGCCUGGCUCCUGCAUGGGUGGGCCUAUGCCCUCCCAGGCCCACCCAUUGCUGCGCCCUUGCCCAGUCAUGUGAAAUCCAUAGAUUAGAGCCUAAUGAAUUCAUUUCAAUUGACUGAUGUCCUUUUAUGAACUGUAAUUCAGUAAAAUCUUUGAAAUUGUUGCAUGUUGCAUUUAUAUUUUUGUUCAGUAUAGUAAUGCCUUUGAUCUUCCUGUGCCUUUUACAGUAUUUGCCAAGUCUGUGGACAUUUAAGCUUGGCUUCGUGGUUCCUCCCACUAGAUUUAGGAAUGGUCCUAGAUGUGUUGACUGUUGAGUUGCCUACUGCAGAACAAUGAGACUAGACAAGAGAACGUCAGACAUGUCUUGUUUCCUUCCUCUGGUGCAAAGUAUCUAAUAACGAAACAUAUUAUCCUAUUUUCUUUGUUAUUUUUUGCUUUCCUAUACCUCCCCCUCUCUUUCCUUGUCCCUCUCAAUCCUUCCCUCCCCACCUCCCCCCCUCUCCCUGCCUAGGAGGAGCUAACAAGUAUACAAGGACUGGAGGCGCGUAGAGACAACCCUAACCUUACAUUAGUUUAUGAUACACUCCAGUUACAUCGCAUGGCUGCCAGCGAGGAUGUUAACACUGCAUGAAGGAGCAAAACAGCAAGGUUCUGAGAGGGUGACAUGAUAAUUCACAUCCAAGAGAAGGCGUUACAUCCUAAAGAGGACGUUAAGACAAAAUUAUAGUAAAUAUUCAUCUAGAAAACUUAAUGGAGGCACAGUUGUUACUGGAGAAAAUUCCUAUUUAACCAUUAAGAUGUUGUUAUCAUUUCAGACUUCCUUUGUUGGUCAUUCUCACAGUCUUUUGUUGAAUUGGGGCUUCGAUGAGAUUCAAUGAUACAGACAAAUUCAAUAGCUAUGCCUAGGGUUAUUAGUAGGAUGAUCCCUCUUUUCAAUUGCCCAUUGUCCCAAUUUAUAGGUUAAAACAAAUGGAACCUAUCUUUUAAUCAAAUUCACUAGUGCGUUUGCUAUGCUAUGCUUUUUUUCAGUACUGUCUGUUCUGUUUAAAUGUAGGUGCCUCCCCUGUAUCUUUUUAUAGCUGGUCAUUGUUUAGCUUGCCAGUGGAUAGCAGCUGUAUACAUAAAAAGCAGAUGUUUGGUGAGAUAAAGCCACCUACUCCUUAGAGGCAAUGGCUGUUAGGCUACGAUGGAAACAAAAAGUCCAUAGGUUGAUUUUUUCCUUUCACCAUGUAAAUUCUAUUGAAUUAUUUCUGAGGGGUAGAUCUUGAUUUGCCUUUUGACUCAGAAAGGGAUCUUUGGUGACAUUUUAAUCAUUGCUUUUUGCAAAAUGCAGAGAUAAUUAAGUGUAGUUCAGGUCUUGCUUUGAUGACAACUGUGUUCAUGCAUUUUGAAUGUACGAAAUUAACAGUUUAGUUUAUUAUGAUGGACCAUUCAUUGCUUGUCCUUAUCUAGACAGUAUGUAGCUCAUUAUCUCUUAAGAAUACAAUCACUCCCUCCGGCACGCUCCUACAGACACUCCUUCUAUUAAAGCAUUUUGUGCUCCACCUACGUUAGCCCACAUAUAUAACUGUGAAAAAAUACAAAAUCUACUGAUACCAUCGUGAGUUGUUGCACUGUAGGCUAUUUCAUUUUUAUAAAUUUCUAUUUCAGAGUAGUUACUGAGACUGAAUAUUCAGAUAAUAUAAUUCACAUUUCAAUAUUCUAAAAUAAGCUUAUGACUUAUUCAAACUGAUAAAGUGUACUGAGCUUCUUUUUUUGUUCUGAGCUUCAAAAUAUUAAGUCAGACUUGCACAUACAUUCCAUAAAUUUCCUAAUGUUAAAUGGUCGUCAAUCCCCCAUACAUGCUUGAAAAAUAUACUUACCUUAUCACAACCCAAAACAUGAUUUAAGUUUACUCCAUUGUUUAUAUUUUUGUUUUCAUUUGAGUUUUUGUAAACAAAGAAUGUAUUACUACAAUAACAUUUGAAAACUGUUAGACUUUGCAUCCAUAGCUGCAUUCAAGAGUUUGAGAUUGGCACAAUUUCUCCAGAUUCUGGUUUUAAUGUUUGACCUAGAUAGUUUGUGUUUAGUGGUCCUCUGUAGCUCAAUUGGUAGAGCAUGGCGCUUGUAACGCCAGGGUAGUAGGUUCGAUCCCCGGGACCACCCAUUCGUAAAAAUGUAUGCACGCAUGACUGUAAGUCGCUUUGGACAAAAGCGUCUGCUAAAUGGCAUAUUAUUAUAUUAUUUAUGUAUUGAUAUAUAGGCUACGUGUGCCUUUUUUUUAUUGAUGUAGUUCUGUCCUUGAGCUGUUCUUGUCUAUUAAUGUUCUGUAUUAUGUCAUGUUUUGUGUGGACCCCAGGAAGAGUAGCUGCUGCUUUUGCAAAAGCUAAUGGGGAUCCUAAUAAAAUACCAAAUGUACCAUACUUCUAGGGUCAAACUAGGAGGGACCACUGUAAUUGUUUGGUGGUUUUCAAGUGUGUUUCUCUAUUUGAGUUUAAGUUUAUUUGGGACGUUUUGUCCAGUUACUUUUAAUGCCAGGCAGCUGUACAUUUCUAAUUUGAAAAGAAUGAUGACGAAUCCUAUUAAAGUUCAAGCAUUGCUUUCAAGGAAAACAUGUUUUUCUUCUAAUGUAUUUCCCCAUCUAGUGGUUGAUCGUUUUUAUCAUCUAGUGGUUGAAUGGUUUUAUAUUUCAGCAUACUGUAUACUGUACUGUGCAUACUACACUAUUUUGUACUCUGAGCCAGUGUGCUAUAUAUUGUAAGUGUAACUUAAAUAAUUUGUCAGCUAAAUGUUCUCAUACCUUUCUAUGCUUUUACGUUUGGACUGUGGUCAUGCAUUCUUGUGCCAAUUGAUAUUUUAUAUAAAAACAUGUCUUGUAAAUUAUGUUAUUUUUAAUUGCAUUUGGUCAGAAAAUAUGAGUGCCUCAUUUAUCAUUCUGUGCAAAUUCAGAUUGUUCAAUGUUGGGAGUUCAGUGUUUUGUUACAGGAAAUGAGUAUCAAACCCAGAUUAGCCAUACAGUCUUUCAGUCUGCAGCAGCAUGGACAAGGUGGUGAGUACCUUUAUAUUUUCACUUUGAUUAAAAAAAUGGAUUCACUGAAAUUAAAAACAGAAAUACCUUAUUUACAUAAGUAUAUGGACCCUUUUCUAUGAGACUCGAAAUUGAGCUCAGGUGCAUCAUGCUUCCAUUCAACUCAGUUCAAUUCUAAUGAGAGAUGAAUCAGUUAACAGUCACAGAUACAGUAAAUGUGUACUUUAUAAUCAUUGUUCCACAUGUCUGUGAAUCAAAACAACCAAUCAAGUGUUGGCAUACUCUGUAUUUUUUGUGCCAGAUUGGACUCAAUGGACAGAUGUUUGGUAUUUUAUGUAAAUCUUUGCACCUCCAAUAGGUAGUAUUGGUCAACUAUAUCAUUUUAGCUUACCCUUCCCCUAACCAUUAUUAUAACCUCAACCCAAUUCACCUAACCUUUUACGUAAAUGAUCCUACCUUUGUCGUUAGUUUUACUAAACACUAAAGUAAAUUCUCCCCGUAAUUCUCCUUUGUUGUUACAACACAACAAGUAACAUGGUCUCAGAGAAAGACAUAUCAUACAUAUUGAAGGAAGUAUAGUAUUAUAAGUUACUCAUCCAAUUUAUAAGAACUAUGAUACUGUCCUCUAGUUUGUGUGAUAUUAUACGACCGCUGUUUCAUUCAUAAUGUAACCUAACAUAAAGUAAUCGAUUAUACUAAAUGGUGGGGAACAGAUUUAUAUAGUAAUCUAAUGAAUUCCCCUGAGGCCAGGUUGCAGGUACAGUGCAGACAACUACCUUUAAGAGCUUCCUUCUCCCAUGAGAGCUCAAUUUAAAACCCUAUUUACCUCUCUCUCUUUAUAUAUCUUUCUCUCUCUAAAACAGAGUAAAGAGAGGAAUGGUUUGCAGUGAUGCAAAUAAAACACAUUAUUUCAAUACAACAAACCAACAACCUAUAGUUAAAAUAGUAGGACACAUCAAUGUUGCAAUGAAAUUAAUUAAAUUAAAGUAUAUCUACUCAAACUCUGCACCAUCUCUCUUAUAUCAACAUAAAUAGAUGAUUCUUUAAUUAUUAUAUGAUAGACAAAAUUAGUUAUUUAUUAAUUAUGUUUUGGGAGGGAAUAUGGAAAACCCUUUCCCCAAAUGUUGAAUAGGACGCAUGACUGACAGCAAGACUAAUUCCCCUAUCUGGACUAGGACUACCCUAAUCAAUAAAGCAUCCAUAUCGUAUGCCUAUGCAAUGUCCUUUCAUUUUAAUUAUAUUAUUAGGACAUACAGGACUACAUUUAAGGUUUAUGUGUAGCGGUAAAAUAGGCUUCUGGUAUGUUGAGCACAAGUAGUUGCUCUAACAUAAUUUCCAUCAUGUUAGGCUUUUAUUUUACACAAUUUAUAUAAAAUCAGUCAUUUAUAUUUCAUAGUAGUUAUUGCAAUCAAUAAACCAAAUGCACAUGAUUUAAGUAAAUAAAAGUAAACAUAGGCCUACAUACCAACAAGACAUACCAGCCUCAACUUAACUUUAGCCCUCCAUAGCAGGUCCUAACGGUUAGGACCUUACAGGUGCACGUGAGAUCGCAACAGACCUGGUCUCACCACCAACCUAACCUCUCUCUCCCUCUGGAGGUAGAGAGAGAACAUUACAACUCCAUUUACAGCUGUGUAGCUGCCGACCCUGUCAGUAACCAGACCAUCACUACACCCUGUGAAGAUGGAGAUGAGGAA